AUGCUGGAAAAGAGAUCACUUCAGUUUGUGUUGAUUCUGUUAAGUCAAGAAGAACCUAACCAUGUUCAACUGAAUCUAAACAAUCAAAAUCAGAACGAUUUGGAUUAUUCUGCAAUCAGUUGCAGAAAACACAGUGCGAUUUUGACAGAUUAUGGUGGUGUUGGUGAUGAAAAAACCUCUAACACAAAGGCUUUUAAUUCAGCCAUUUCUAACCUAAGUCAAUAUGCAAAUGAUGGUGGUGCACAACUUAUUGUUGCACCAGGUGGAGAAGUUGAGAGCAAUAAGUUAAUCUCUAUUGAGCAAGUUGCAGAAGUCAUCUGCAAGACCCGGUUUUUCAAACCAAAAUGCACUAUCGCGAUCAUUAACUUCCUAUUUCGAAACGGAUAUUCUUUCUAUGCCAUUUGUUUGGUUAUUCUCAGUGUAUCAUCAACUGCAUCAACCAAAGUUGUCGCAACGAUUACUUGA